UUGAAAACGAACUUGAGUAAGCUGCAAAUAACCUCUAAAUUGUUUUCAGAAAUUGUAAUCUUUUAUUUGAUGAUAUUUAUAUAAUAAUAGAACUUUCAGGAAUCCACAGCUGAAAAAGCAAUGUCUAAAACAACAGACAAGGCUCUUAAUUUGAUGCGGCAUCUACCUAGAGUAUGUUUAGCCAACAUCAGAGACAAUCCUGGAUCUGGUAAGAAAAGAUCUAGAGGUAGAGCACAACACGGAGGAGACUAUCAUGGAGCUGGUAACAAAGGCUCUGGCCAACGACAGAAUUUCAUGAGGUUAGGUUAUGAAACUGGAAACAAUCCUUUCUACCUUCGGUUCCCAUGGGAGCCCUACUACAGAGGCCACCAUCUGAGAAGACAGUACCCUCCAUUAUCAAUGUUGGAUCUACAGAAACUCAUUGAUACAAACAGAAUUGACACAUCAAAACCCAUAGAUUUAGUAGCAAUCAUGAACACUGGUUUGUACAGGCUCUUUCCAGACCAGAGACAGUUUGGUGUUCAAUUGACUGAUGAAGGUGCAGAUAUUUUUUGUGCAAAAAUCAACCUGGAAGUGCAGUGGGCCAAUGAAUUGGUGAUUGCAGCAGUAGAGAAAGCAGGUGGAGUUAUUAGUACAGCCUAUUAUGAUCCACAUAGUCUGCAAGCUAUGGUGAAUGUCAAGAAGUUCUUUGAAAGGGGUGUUCCAAUACCCAGAAGGAUGAUGCCGCCCCCUGAUGCCAUGGAAUAUUAUUCUGAUCCAUCCAAGAGAGGCUAUCUGGCUGAUCCAGAGAAAAUAUCUGAGGAACGCCUGGUACUUGCACAAAAAUUUGGUUACAGCUUACCAAAGAUUGAGGAUGAUCCAAACUAUGAAAUGUUAGUUGAGAAAAAGGACCCCAGACAGAUCUUCUAUGGGUUACACCCCGGGUGGAUAGUGAAUCUUAAGGAUAAAGUUAUAUUGAAACCUCAAGAUGAGGAGUUACUUAGAUAUUAUGCUUCAUAAGUGUUUUUGUAUUUUAAUUGACCAUAAGUAGCCAUUCUUUUAUGGAAAUAUAUUGUAAAAUAUGAAA